AUCCCACAGUUGACCUCCUAAGAUUGUGCUGGGUUUUGCGCAGAAACUUCAAAGUUUCGUACGGGAAAGCCUGUGCUCACAGACUGCAGUCCCAUCUGCUUUACACAUUUAUCACCACUGAAGCAGAGCAGACGUGCGCUUUUUUCAAGCGGCUGGCAAUCCCAGGAAGCUCGGGGAGAAAAGAAACAUUUGGCCUUACACACUGACUGCGAACCUCUGAGUGUGUGCUUUUCUCAGUUUUCUUGGUUGCGGUCCCUGAGCCGAUUUAUCGUCAACCACAAAGUUCAUACCCCCCCAGGCCCAGGAGUAUUCCGUAGACAUCAGUGAGGAGUCAUCUAACUUGUCUGAACGUCCCUUCUCGCUGCUCUCAAAGAUAAACAUGUCAGAGUGAUACUGUACUACUGUACUUGUGGAAGCAUUUCAAGGCACCAAGCUGCUUCAACAAUUAGAUUGCAUUUCAAGAGUUUGCAGGCUCUACGUAACAUCACCCCCGAUAUGCAGCCUAAGACAAUCCUUACACUGAUGCUGCUCUUCAUCCUGAGCCUCAGUCUUGCUCAAGAAGAAGGCAGCCCUCUGAGGAAAGGAAAAAAGAGGAGAGGAGGCCAACGACAAGGCAGGAACAAGCAACUAAGGCAGAGGAGCUCUGAUGUGCCUAUCCGGCUGGGAAAUGUUCCUGUGACCAAUGCAGAUGACAGCUCACCAAUAUUCAUUCAGUCUUACAAGAGCGUUGAUGAAUUUGAGUCAAACUACAACAUCUUACCAGGAAAGAAAGGACAAUGCACGUACCAUGGUAUCACCAUGUUUGAAAAUGCGGUCUGGUCUCCCAAGCCCUGCAUCACCUGCAUGUGUUCAAAGGGGAACAUUGCCUGUGAUGAAGUGAAGUGCACGCCCCUCUCCUGCCCCAUCACUGUGAAGCCCACAGGAGAAUGCUGCCCCGUCUGCACUGACAUCGUCCCUGACACCCCUGAACUUUCUGGCGAUUCCUCAGAACCCAAUGACCCUAGCGAACUGGGGCUGGGGCCACCUCACGCCCACGCCGACCUCGAGGAGCGGCGCAGGGAGGAGGAAGAGGAGCAGCUGAAGGAGGAGGAAGAGGCCCGACAGGAGGAGGAGGAGCGUCUGCGCAAGAAGGACGAGGAGCGGAAGAAGAGGAGGAAGCAGAAGAAGCUGGAGGAGGAGAGGCAGCGGCAGCUCUUCGAGGAGCGGCGCCGCGAGGAAGAGGAGCUGCGGGAGAAGGUGGAAGAGGAGGAGGGGGAGAGGCGCAGAGAGAGGCAGGAGGAAGAGCAGCAGCGGCGGCGGCAGGAGGAAGAGGACAGGCGGAAUCGAGAGCAGGCGGAGGAGAGGGAAAGGCAUCGGAGGCUUCAGGAGGAGAGGAGGCAGGAGGAGGAGAGGAGGAGGAGGAUCGAGGAAGAUUGGAGGGAGCUGGAAGAAGACAGGGAGGACUCCCGAGAGGAAGAGGAGUAUGACGAAGACGAUUUAAGAGGGGACGUCUUCAGAAUGCCGCCCCGCGUUCCUAAGCCGGAGGGCGUCCCACCCCUUCGACCUCCAGCCCCAGAGAACAUCCCUCCUUACAGUACUCUGCCAGUGGGCUGCAUGAUCUCUGAUGUGACACUGAGCUGCAACAACGCCAAGCUCACUGGCAUACCACCGCUGUCUGUCAGGGGCCUUAAGAGCCUGAAUCUCGAAGGGAAUGCUAUCACUACGAUUCCAGCAGAGGCAUUUAAUGGAAUUCCCAACUUGGAAUGGAUUGAUCUUAGCAAAAACAAAAUCACAACUGCUGGCAUUCAUCCCCAAGCUUUUAAAAACCUAAAAAAUUUAAAGCGCCUCAACAUGGAUGGAAACCUUCUUGAUCAAAUCCCCUCUGAUCUUCCGUCCACUUUGGAAGAGUUCAAAAUCAACGAGAACAACCUUCAAAGCAUGGAUGAAGACAGUCUUCAAGAUCUAAGCAACUUGAUCACCUUGGAGCUGGAAGGAAAUAUGCUUAGUGAAGGAAACGUCAGUCCCUUGGCUUUCAAACCUCUAAAACGACUCUCUUACUUGAGGCUUGGUAGGAACCAUUUCCGUACGGUUCCUCAGGGCCUCCCUGCAUCUCUAGAGGAACUUUACAUUGAAAACAAUCUAAUUGAAGAAAUAUCGGAAACAGCUUUCAAUCACACCAAAAGCCUUAAUAUUGUUGUGUUAAGACACAACAAAAUAGACGAGUCAAGGAUAGCACGUCUUGCCUGGAUUAACCAUGAGAACCUGGAAUCCAUAGACCUGUCCCAUAACAAGCUUUACCAUGUUCCAUCGUUCCUCCCAAAGUCUCUGAUACACCUGGUUCUGGUGGGCAAUCAGAUUGAGAGAAUUCCUGGAUAUGUGUUUGCUCACAUGAAGCCUGGUCUUGAGUACUUAUAUCUCUCUUUCAACAAGCUUGAUAACGAAGGGAUUGACCCAGUGUCCUUUUUCGGGGCCUACCACUCACUGGUAGAACUGUUUUUGGAUCACAAUCAGAUGACAGCGGUGCCACCCGGAAUAAAUGAGAUGAGAUCGCUGCUUUCUCUAAGGCUGAAUGACAACAAAAUAAGGCAUUUUGAACCUGAAGCCAUCUGUGACCCUCUGAACAUCGAAGACUUGAAUAUAGUGACUCUGCGCAUGGACAACAAUCUUAUUGACACCAGAAACAUUUCACCUACUGCUUUUUCUUGCAUCAGGUCUUAUUCCAGUGUUGUUCUGAAACCGCAGAAGAUUAAGUAACACGUUCUUAUAGUGUUAUGAUAGUACAGUCUAAAGAAGGCAAAAGAAGUUCAACUGAUUUACCAGACAACUACAACUUGCAUCAAAAACUAAGAAACACAGAUGGUAAUCGGUUCAUUCCUGUCUUGCUUUCUGGAUAUCAAGUAGUGCUCUGGGUCCACUGGUGAUUUUUUUUUGAAGCAAUUGUGAAUUACACAAUAUUAUCAAGAAGAAAUUAAGUAGGCUUUUUUUUUACUGAAAGUGGCAGUAGUACAGGUCAUAACAGCUGCUGAUAGUUGACUCUCAAUACAACCUUUCAUUGUCAUUGUCCUGAAAGCAGAGAUAGCUUAGUGUCCAAAAGUCAUAAUAAUACAACCCCAAAGAAGAAGUGGUUUUGAUUAAUUUAUUAAAAAAAAGAUACUGUGGCUCGAAGAAGUAAUGGAUUAGGUUACCACCUAUAUAUUAAAGCUCCAAAUGCUUAAUGAUGCAGAAAUUCCACAAUAAGAAAAACAUUUUAGGAAUCAAAUGUCUGAUGUAACUUUAACUCUGAAAUCUGAAGGACAUUUCUGAAAAUCAAAUGAAAGAGGAUAACAGAAGUGUUUAGUCAAAAUCAACAAAUCCCAGAUAAACAUAAAGAAAUGUGUGUUGAAAAAAUAAAUUUAAAAACACACCUAUAGAUAUGUUUUACUGUAUUAAACAUAGUUACAUGGUGUUUACUUCAAAAGGAACUAUGUGCCAAUAUUAGAGAGAAGUGUAUGAAAAAAAAUCAGCAGAACAGUUCACUGCGAAGAAGAUGUCAAUGUUCAUUAUAAUACAAAGUGUUACUAUAAAUG